AAGGAGACUUAAAGACGUCUGGGUUGAACAGAGAGACAGAAAAUGGACAGAAGAUGAGAGAAAGAAAAUGGAGAAAUCUGUUCUACUGACUGAUGAGUUUAAACUCAUUGGUCCCAGUAAUAGAGAGCGGUAUAAUCGCUCUGCUGUCACUUUCUCAUGUCAUCUGUCUCCUGAAAUCAGUGCUGUUGACUUGGAGAUCCGGUGGUUUAAGGAGACAGACUGUGUUUGUGUUUAUAAGAACAGUAAGGUGACAGAGGGGAGAGGUUAUGAGGGCAGAGUGAGUCUGUUCACUCAGGAGCUGGAGAGAGGAAACGUCUCCUUACAGCUGAGAAACUGUACAGAGUCAGAUGAUGGAUAUUACCUCUGUCAGGUCACUGAUGGAGACAGAACAGAAGAGAUUACAGUAGAGAUGAUAGAUCAGACUACAUCACUGCCAAAUACAGCACUGAGAACCAAACUACACACAUUUAGGUUAAAGGUAGAGGAAUAAAACACAGUCUGGCUGAUGAUUAAGACUUUUGGUGUAAGUAUAUCUGUUUAGUGGCUAAUGUGAGAUUUAUAACAGUCCAGAGAACACAGAUUAGCUCGUCAUGAGGUCAGCUUAGCUCCUGCAAACAUGCUGUGUAUGUAUUUCUCUACUUCUGUAAGUCUGUAAAUUCAGAGUGGAGACUAAUAUCAGGAGUUACAGGUUGUAGUGUUGGACUUUUCCAACAUGAUUUGUUUUAAAACUAGCACAGUAAGGUACAGACCUGGAGAACACAAACUGUAUCCUUGUAACUGUGUUAAUAACAUGAAAUGAGAAACUGAACGACUCCCACUACAAUGUAGACUCUCAUCUUUCAUUAGUCGUGUUUACACACAAAGAUUUUUAGCAGUAUGAAUGAAUUCAGCCACACUGCAGAUUCCUAAUGAACUGUUUCUGUGUGUCUUAAAAUGGACUCUUUUCAUUUAUAUACAUGUUACAUGUGAUCUGAUCCAAAUCUAUCUCGGUGUUCAGAGCUCUAGGUUAGUGCUUCUGAAUGAUUAAAACAUUUAUCACUAUAUUUUAAAAUAGAAAGUAUUAAAGGCAGGGUCUCCGAUUUUUGAAAGCCAAUGUUGAAAUCACCAAAACAAACACGCCCCUAACCCAAAUGGGUCCCACCCCUGUAUUGAUAGCUCCGCCCACACAUACAUAUGUAACCCAGGUAAGUAAUGGAAAGAAAUGUGUCUUUAUCAUAGCUGAAGGGAAAAACAAUACGAUUGCAGAUAAACAAACAAGUAAAAAUGACACACAAGCAUAAUCAUGCAAAGGACGGCAUAUAUUAGCAGAGGUGGGUAGUAACGAAUUGCAUUUACUUCGUUACAUUUACUUGAGUACAUUUUUUGGGUAACUUGUACUUUUUGAGUAUAAUUAAAGAUGCGUACUUUUACUCUUACUCAAGUAGAUUUUUAGUGGAAAAACUUUACUUUUACUUCGCUACAAUCGGCGGCGUUUCUCCGUUACACAAAUGGUAAUAAAUAAUAAUUAGUUUAUAUGACAAGUCUCGCGAGACGUUGGAGAGGCUGCUUCACGAGAGUAUGCUGUGCAUCUCCCGCUGAAGUUUAGCGCACCUUUAGUUGGAAGAUGAUGGCUGAAGCAGAGGAAGACGUUUGGGCUUUAUCAAAGGCAGAUCACUCGUGGCCUCAAAUUCAUUCUAUAUUUUGACUCCAAGAUGUAAAAAAAUAGCUUUAUAAUGCGAUGCAUUCUGUGUGCACCAAAACUAACAGACAUCGCAGCUUACAAGGAUUCCAGCUCCAACCUAAAAAAUCACUUAGCGGCAAGUGUCAAAAUUAUGCCUAUUUGAUGGUAAUUUGGUAACUAUGGGCACUUUGACCUUAACGUAAUACUACAUUUCACACACUGUCUGAAUGUUUUCCCUCAUAUACGCUCUCGUGCAAUCCUGUGAACCCUACAAACAACAUGUUCAUGAACAAACGUUCAUUAUAAGUGUCUGCAUUUUCAUAUCCGUGUUUUAUACAAAAUAAAAACGGGAUUAUAUUUUGUUUUAUCCACAUCUAAAGAAUAUAUGUACUUACUUAGGGGUUAGCCCAGCACAUCAUUCAUUUACAUC